AUGAGUAUCAAGAGCAAUCAUGUUUUGGCCUCCUCUCCCUCCCCUUCUGUGGCUAUCUCAGUCGAACCUCCCAGAAUCAGAAGGCUUUAUCAACUUUGGAAAGGAAACAAUAAAUUUCUAUUUGGUGGAAGACUAGUCUUUGGUCAGGAUGCAUCAUCUCUUUUUUUGACGUCGUUCUUGAUCGGAGGUCCCGCAAUAACAUUCUGCAUAAGAAUGCUAUUCAUAAUCAAAGAUGAAGAUACUACUUUUAACCAUCUUGUACUUAUUGGAGGAUCGGUCCUCACAAUUUUGAAUUUUAUGUUUCUCUUCAUGACAUCUGGUAGAGAUCCAGGAAUCAUCCCUAGGAAUACACAUUUACCUGAAUCAGAGGAAUCCUUUUGCACAAAUACAUCAUCAAUGGAAUGGGUAAAUAAUAAAACCCCGAACCUCAAACUACCGAGAGUGAAAGAUGUGAUAGUUAAUGGCCAUACGGUGAAGGUGAAGUUCUGCGAUACUUGUUUGCUCUAUCGUCCACCACGCGCUUCGCAUUGCUCUAUUUGCAAUAACUGUGUUCAGAAGUUUGAUCAUCACUGCCCUUGGGUUGGUCAAUGUAUUGGAUUGCGUAACUAUCCAUUCUUCAUAUUGUUCAUAUCAUCAUCAACCUUGUUGUGCAUAUACGUCUUCUCGUUUUCUUGGGUUAACCUUCUUCGACAACAAGGUAGAUUGUGGGCAUCCAUGUCACAAGAUGCCCUAUCCGUUGCUCUCAUUGUAUAUUGCUUCAUAGCCGUUUGGUUUGUCGGUGGCCUAACCGUGUUCCAUCUUUACUUGAUUUCCACCAACCAAACAACUUAUGAGAAUUUCCGGUACCGCUACGAUAAGAAGGAGAAUCCAUAUACAAAGGGAAUAAUGGAAAACUUCAAAGAACUUUCUUGUUCCAAGAUACCAAAAACAAUGAUCAAUUUCAGAGAAUGGGUUGCAGAAGAGGAAGAUAUUCAAGACGAAUCCUUCACGUCAGAUCUUGAAAAAGGUUUUAUAAGCUCGAAACAAAAGUUUGACUUGGACAUGGGAGUAUACGGAAAGGACGGAAUGCGAGUUCCCGGUAUUUUACAGGAUUUGGAUUACAACGGCAUUGAGGAUCUAAAGAAAAAUAAGGCAGGAGCAAACGACACCGCAUUCAAUAUCUUUGUUCCUUCUGAUGAUCUAAAAUUUUCUCAAUGGAAAUCCAAAGUCGAAGUCAAUGAUCAAGAUGCGAAGAAAUAG